AUGUCAAAAGCAUUUUAUCCCGCGCAAAUGUUCAUAAGAUCAUUCCAUACAUCAAAACCAUUAUUCUUAUUUGGUGGAGUUAUCAAGGAAGGGGCAACAUUACCGAAUCAUACAUUAUUUGAACAUGAUGCAAAAACAAAGAUCAAUACAAAAGAUUUAUUUAAAGGCAAGAAAAGUAUUUUAUUCGGCGUUCCUGGUGCAUUUACACCUGGAUGUUCAAAAACACAUCUACCUGGCUAUAUCAAUCAAGCAAAUGACUUUAGACAGCUUGGCUAUGAUCAACUUGUUUGUGUUACAGUGAAUGAUCCAUAUGUUUCAUCUGCAUGGGCCAAAGAACAUCGAGCAGAAGGAAAAGUAAAAGUAUUAGCAGAUCCCAAAGGCGAGUUUACAAAAGCACUUGGAUUAACUAAAGAUAUGACUGAACAAUUAGGCAAUGUUCGAUCAUCACGUUAUGCAAUGGUUAUUAAUGAUAAUAAGGUGGAAAAAGUUUUGCCAGAACCUGAUGGUGCAGGACUUACGUGUUCAUUGGCCGAAAAUGUUAUUGGUGAAAUUAAAAAAGGCAAUUUUCACAAAUGA